ACAUCAGAUGACAUUGAGGUAACAGAAUAACCUUCAAUAUUUAACAUGCUUUAAAAACUAAAGGAAAAUAUUAUACAGAACAAAUAUAUAACAUUGUUUCUAUAAAUCUCUGGAGUAAUUCCUGUGAAACAUUUGCUCUAAAAUAAUAUUAGCCAAAUUUGUGAACAUCCCUGACUGGAGUGUCAAGAAGAGGAGCCUGUGUACCAAUUGAUAAAUUUAUGUAAACUGAUAAAUUUGGAUAAAUUUAUGUAAGCGUUGCUAAACAAAGGUAACACAGAACAGAAAUAUAGCAGCAGAAGUGUAUGUAAGGAAGAAGUAUAAGAAGAAAAGCAAGAAAAAUAAUGGAAGAGAAUGAGAAAAUUAUUGACUUGAUUUCCCCUGAACACAUGAUAAAAGAGAUAAGAUCAUAUGUCUGUGAUAUCUGUACAAAGUCCUUCCUUAAAAAAGGUGACCUACUUGCACACAAACGUAUUCAUACAGGAGAGAAACCAUACCACUGUGAUAUCUGUGGUAAAUCAUUCUCUAACAGUAGUCACGUUACUGUGCACAAACGUACUCAUACAGGAGAGAAAUCGUAUCAUUGUGAUGCCUGUGGUAAAUCAUUCUCUCAAAGUAUUCACUUAACGACACAUAAACGUAUUCAUACAGGAGAGAAACCAUAUCACUGUGAUAUUUGUGGUAAAUCUUUCUCUCAAAGAAUUCACUUAACUGGACACAAACGUAUUCAUACAGGGGAGAAACCCUAUCAAUGUGAUAUCUGUGGUAAAUCAUUCUCUAACAGUAGUGACUUAGCAAAGCACAAACGUACUCAUACAGGAGAGAAACCAUAUAACUGUGAUAUUUGCGGUAAAUCAUUCUCUAGAAGUAGUUACGUUAAUGUGCACAAGCGUACUCAUACAGGAGAGAAACCAUAUCAUUGUGAUAUCUGUGGCAAAUCAUUCUCUGAAAAUAGUGAAUUAGUAAAACACGAACGUAUUCAUAUAGAAGGGAAGCUAUAUCACUGUGAUAUCUGUGGCGAAUCAUAUUCUGAAAGUGGUGAAUUAAUUGGACACAAGCGUGUUCAUACAGGAGAGAAGCCAUAUCCUUGUGAUAUCUGUGGUAAAUCAUUCUCGCAAAGUAGUCACGUUACUGUACACAAACGUACUCAUACAGGAGAGAAACCAUAUCACUGUGAUAUCUGUGGUAAAUCAUUCUCUCACAGUAGUCACUUAACUACACAUAAACAUAUUCAUACUGGGGAGAAACCGUAUCAUUGUGAUAUCUGUUGUAAAUCCUUCUUUGGAAGAAGUAAUUUAGAGUUGCACAAACGUAUUCACACAGGAGAGAAACUGUAUCAUUGUGAUAUCUGUGGUAAAUCAUUCUCUUGCAGUAGUAAGUUAUCUACACACAAACGUUCUCAUACAGGAGAGAAGCCAUAUCAUUGUGAUAUCUGUGGUAAAUCUUUCUCUCAAAAUAAUCACCUAACUCAUCACAAACGUAUUCAUGCAGGAGAGAAACCAUAUCAUUGUGAUAUCUGUGGUAAAUCUUUCUCUCAAAAUAAUCAUCUAACUGAUCACAAACGUAUUCAUGCAGGAGAGAAACCAUAUCAUUGUGAUAUCUGUGGUAAUUCAUUCUCUUGUAGUGGUAGCCUUACUGUGCACAAACGUACUCAUACAGGAGAGAGACCAUAUCACUGUGAUAUCUGUGGUAAAGCAUUCUCUCAAAAUACUACCUUAAAGAAACACAAAAAUAUUCAUACUGGGGAGAAACCAUAUCACUGUGAUAUUUGUGGUAAAUCAUUCUCUCAAAGUAUUCACUUAACUGAACACAAACAUAUUCAUACAGGAGAGAAACCAUAUCAUUGUGAUAUCUGUGGUAAAGCAUUCUCUCGUAAUAGUGACUUAACUAGACACAUACGUAUUCAUACAGGAGAGAAACCAUAUCAUUGUGAUAUUUGUGGUAAAUCAUUCUCGGAAAAUAUUGCCUUAACAAAACACAUACGUACUCAUACAGGAGAGAAGCCAUAUCACUGUGAUAUUUGUGGUAAGCCAUUCUCUGACAAUACUGCCUUAGCAACACACAAACGUAUUCAUACAGGAGAGAAACCAUAUCAUUGUGAUAUUUGUGGUAAAUCAUUCUCUCAAAAUAGUAACUUAAUGAGGCACAAACAUAUUCAUAUUAGGGAGAAAGGAAAAGGGUAGUUUCUUGUUUGCUAUAUAUGUUUAAUAUUCCUGUGUUUUAUGCAAUUUUUUCUUUCUGCUGCUUCCUUCACCAUUCAUACAUUCCCUUUUUCCAUGGUGCUGUCGAUGUUUGGUUAUCUUCGCCAGAAAUAUUUGUCAUGAUAUAAUUGAGAAGGCUGCAGACUGGUGUGAAAUAUACACAAACACCUCACAAAUAUAACAAUACUAGCAGAGGCACCUGGCGUUGCUCGGGAAUGAAAUU